AUGAUCUGCGAUGUGGUUGCGGAAGUGGUGGUGAGACUGGUAGAACUGAUUGAGGUCGUGGGUUUCCAGUGCGAGGGUUCGGACGACCGGAUCGCGGAGUUCGAACUCAAGCUCAUGCAGAUCGAGAGCGAACGCAUGGAGAUCCCUGAGCAGCACUACAAGGUCAUCGCGCGACUGCCCUCCUCCGAGUUUCAAAAGAUUUGCCGCGACCUGAAGGAGUUUGUGGAAACUCUGCAGCUGAGCGGCAGCAAGGAGGGCCUGAAAUUCCAGGUGAAGGGCGACAUCGGUAGCGGGAACGUGCUGCUGAUGCCUCGGGAGAGCGAGAAGCCCCAGGACCGAGGACAAACAUGGAUAUCUCUUCUGAUAUGA